UACAAGCUUAAGCGUCACAUGUGUUUUAACAUGCUAACCAAUGCUAACGUACAAUUAUAACCUACAUGUGGGGUGCGAAAAGUAAUAUUUUGAACGAAUACUUUAAUACGAUAAAGUGUAUUAACAUUGAAAAUAUAGUUAAUAAAAUAAUAUCAGUGAAACACAUAAAUGAAUAAAAAAUGAAGUCCCCGUUUAAAGCCGUUAUCGAAGAUGUCGUUGUACAGUCAAACAAAAUUCAACCAAUUAUUGUUAACUUUCAAAAUGGUGAGCUUAAAGAUGAAGAGGCUAAAGAGAUGUCAUGUGGGAUAUUCCAUGAUCAAAAAGAAGGCAAGACUAUAUUGGCCUUGUCAAACGGACAUAUUGUUUACAAAGGUCAUAGGCCAGAUACUACACAAGAAUCGACGCGGACAAUGCUAGUACUUCACAAUAAGAGGACGGGCAAAAUUAGAUUGUUUGAAGCAGAGCGAUGGCAAGUGACUCCCAUACUCGACAAACCUUCUGUUGAAGAUAAUAAGAAUGAUAUAUAUGAAAAAACUAUAAUACUGAAUAAACAAUUUGGAUCAAAGAAGGUCAAACGUAGAACUGAGCAAUUUGAAAAGCUGAAGGUGAAUGUUGAUUCUGUUAAAGAUCAACUUGAGAAAACGGUGUCAAAUAUUGAAAUCGACAGACUAGAAUUGUCAACUCAGUUACAAACUGACGAAAUUAUCCACAAUUCAAUAUUACCUGCAUGCAAUAGAAAUGCAAGUAAUGUUAAAGAUGUAUAUAAUGUAUAUGACAUCAUUCCAAAAAGUAAAGUAGAAACAUUAUAUGAACAUGCAAAGGAGGUUCUUGAGGGAGCUAUGGAAGGAAAAUCCAAAUUCUUCAAACGUACCUUGAAAAGUAUACAGUCAGAUCCAGACCAUAUGAAUAAAAUUGCUCUCUUGCUUUACAUUGAAAUGAUCAAUGCAUGGUUCACCAUGCCCUUGAAAGAGGCGAAAAAACGCGACGUUGUUGUGUGCUCGGUUUCCGAAGAGGUCAAUCAACACAUUAUUGAUACAUAUAGCGUUUCCAGUGCGAACGGACGAAUGAGGCCAAACACCAUGAAAGACAAAGGUCUUAUACAUUGCUUAAUUCUCGCACUGACGGUAUCAAAUUUUAUAUUAGACCUAGAGUUGUUUCGAGUUAUGCUGGAAACACGAAUUAGUUUAAAAAAACUAACGGAUCUUGCAAAAAUCAUUGGAGCAGUGCCUAACAAAGAUGAUAAAAAGAUUAUUACAUUGAAAGUUCCAUUGCCGGCACCGAGCAAGCUUACUCCAGAAGAAAGAGAAGAGAAACUGAGUCCCCUAUUGUCAACGGGAUGGACUGUCCAAUCGAACAGGGAUGCGAUCUACAAGGAGUACGUAUUCAAAAAUUUUAACGAGGCUUUUGGAUUCAUGACAAGAGUAGCCUUACAGGCUGAAAAGAUGGAUCAUCAUCCGGAAUGGUUCAACGUUUACAACAAAGUAAACAUUACUUUGUCAUCUCACGAUGUUAACGGAUUAUCGCAAAGGGAUGUAAAACUGGCGACUUUCAUAGACAAAGUCGCUACUGCUGAAAAGUAAAACUUAAUUGAUCUGUAAUUAUUAAUUAUUGAUCUAUCAACAUUCUAUCUGUUAUAUCAUUAUAGAUGAGACAAUAAUGGGAAAGAUAUGUCUGUUAAUCAACAAAUAUUAAAUAAAUUGUAUCUUAUUUUAAUAUAUUA